GGCUGGGGGGUUGCUUGUUGACAUUUUGAAGAUGGCAGUGGGUGCCUUUCCUGUGGUGGGAACAUGCUUUGUUUUUCACACACUAAAUUUAAAUUAGCGUUUCUUAGGGAAAAAGAAGGAACAGAGACAAGCUCCUGGCGGUUGGCCGUGGCAGACACUUCGCCAGGGGCUGACUCGUGGGGGCUGAGUGCGCAGGUCCCAGGUGAUGGUUGAUGAGAGGUGAUGAGUGUGCCAGCCACCUUGCAGGGGUCUUUCCUGGCGAGCUGGCAGGAGCGGGGAGGAGCAUGUUGCUCCUGAGUGCUGGUGGGGCAGUAACGUGUUUUUGCUGAAAGCCGAAGCCAAGGGUGGUGUGUUGGCCAUCAGGGACACGGGCCCCGCGUGGGAACCAAGGGUGGUGUGUUGGCCGUCAGGGACACGGGCCCCGCGUGGGAACCAAGGGUGGUGUGUUGGCUGUCAGGGACACGGGCCCCGCGUGGGAAUGGUGCUUUCAGGAUUCUUGCAGCUUGGGUGGGAGCUGUGGCCUGCACGGCGUUUUGCUCUCUGGAGACCAAGGGUGAUGAUGGUGCUGGCACUGAGUCACCGCUGAGAUUCAGCUCAGGGACUUCAUUGCUGAAUACGUGUCCUCUUUCCCAGGGAAAGCAGGCAGGAUGGGAGAGUCGCCAAUAGAACCACCUCUUCCCUGCCUCCUGGGUUUGGGGGAAGCUUGAAUGACAUCUAAGGCCCCGUGCCUGGGAAGCUCUUCGUGGGCGGUCUUGACUGGAGCACGACCCAAGAGACUCUGCGCAGCUACUUUUCCCAAUAUGGAGAAGUCGUAGAUUGUGUUAUCAUGAAAGAUAAAACCACCAACCAGUCUCGAGGCUUUGGGUUUGUCAAAUUUAAAGACCCAAACUGUGUGGGGACGGUGCUGGCCAGCAGACCGCACACGCUAGACGGCCGAAACAUCGACCCCAAGCCAUGCACACCCCGGGGGAUGCAGCCAGAGAGAACACGGCCGAAGGAAGGAUGGCAGAAAGGACCCAGGAGCGAUAACAGUAAAUCAAAUAAGAUAUUUGUCGGCGGAAUUCCUCACAAUUGUGGUGAGACAGAGCUCAGGGAAUACUUCAAGAAGUUCGGAGUGGUCACGGAGGUAGUCAUGAUCUAUGAUGCCGAGAAGCAGAGGCCCCGAGGUUUUGGAUUUAUUACUUUCGAGGACGAACAAUCAGUGGACCAGGCUGUCAACAUGCAUUUUCACGACAUCAUGGGCAAAAAAGUGGAAGUUAAACGAGCUGAGCCUCGGGACAGCAAGAGCCAAGCGCCGGGACAGCCAGGUGCCAGCCAGUGGGGGAGCCGGGUUGUGCCCAACGCUGCCAAUGGCUGGGCAGGCCAGCCCCCGCCCACGUGGCAGCAAGGAUAUGGCCCGCAAGGAAUGUGGGUGCCGGCAGGACAGGCAAUUGGUGGCUACGGACCGCCCCCUGCGGGAAGAGGAGCCCCCCCGCCACCCCCACCGUUCACCUCCUACAUCGUGUCCACCCCUCCUGGAGGCUUUCCCCCUCCCCAGGGCUUCCCUCAGGGCUAUGGUGCCCCGCCACAGUUCAGUUUUGGCUACGGGCCUCCACCUCCACCGCCAGAUCAGUUUGCCCCUCCGGGGGUUCCUCCUCCACCGGCCACUCCCGGGGCAGCACCUCUGGCUUUCCCACCGCCUCCGUCUCAGGCUGCUCCGGACAUGAGCAAGCCCCCGACAGCUCAGCCAGACUUUCCCUAUGGUCAGUAUGGUAAGUGGUUUCCUGCCAUGCCGUGUCCCUGCUGGCCCCAGGACCCUGGGCACGGCCUGCCUUCUUCUGCUUCCUCCCCUGCUGGAUGCCCCCCAGCCUUUACCUGGUGGGAAAGGGGAGAGGGAGGAGGGGGGUGCCGGGGUUGUUGGAGAGACCUCGUGGCAACUCGGGCCCGGCAGAAGGGAGCGUGGGAGUCUUGUCGCAGCAGAGCAUUCGUCGCACAGCAGGUGUUGCAGGGCGUGCAUGUGUGGGAACCUGAGUGGCGACUGGGUCGAGGGAAGUGAGUCCCAGGAGGCUGUGAUCACUGUCUCGAGGUCGAGGCCCUCGGUGUGGGUCCCGGGUGCACUGGCCCCUUGGUGGGUUCCAGUUUCUGGCGUCAUCAGCCUCCCGCUGGGUCCAGACCCUGCUUGGGACAGAAGCUGGGUCUGUAGCAGGCGUGACCUGGACGUGGGCUUCGCGCUGGACUGGAUGGCUGUCGUGGCUUGGGUCUGCCUGGACGUGAUCUGCAGGCAGCGCAUGUGCUUCCGGGGCAGGAGCUUGUGGGGGGCGGGGUCAGCAUGGGUCAAGGUCUGCAUGUCUGUAGUUCUCGCCCUGCACCGAGCCAGGAGUCACAGCAGCCUUGCUCAGGACCAGUGCGGUGGCCUCAGUGGGCAGGGCUCCAACCAUGGUCAGCUCCUCCAGCACCAGGGGUCAUUCACAAGCAGGGUUUGAGAACAUGGGGCACCUGUCUCCAGGUGGCCACGGGCUUCUGGGGUGCCUGUGAACACGCUUCCUUUAGGCCUGGUGGAGGCCGGGGCGUGGGAGCUGUGUUUGGCCGAGGUGCCCGCCUACCCACCUUGCAUGGCUCUGGUUCCCCUGCCCCCACGCCCAGGCCUUGGGCCGAGGUUGCCGCAUGUGUGGGUUCUUCACCCACUCACCACCAAAUCCUGGCGUGUCUGAGACUGGCAGGGGGGCGUGAGGCGCCCGGUUGGGGCGUGGCGUGUGUCAGCCGCUGCUCUUGGUGGCGGCUGCUUGGGUUGGUCACCCCGGUCUCGUCUCUUGCCAGGCCUGGGUUCCUAUUCUCCAGCCCCGCCGGGCUGCGGCCCACACUUUGUUUACAGUCUUAUGGUCAGGCUGAGCAGUGAUGUGGCCUAGGUAGGUGCCGCCUCCUUCUCCAGGGUCCUCCCACCCGCCUGCACCGGGAGGUGGACGUGGCUUCCUCUGCCGUCCCGGGCGGGGGUGGACGCUGGCGGUGCCCUCUGGGAAGGGGUCCUUGCCAGUGCCAAGACAUUGGCCACGAGCCUUCAGUGGGCCCAGGAUCCCCCAGAGAGAGCCCAUGCCCACCUGUGCCCGCGUGCACCCGACUGGGAACCCAGAGGGCACGGGAGGGGCUUCCUGCAGGGCGUGCAGCGGGUGGGGAGCAGCCCGAGCGGCUCUGUCCUUGUGAAGACGCCGCUGUCCACACUCCUGAGGUCAGCUGUGUGGGCCGGACAGGCUGCAGGGUGUGCUGGCCCCUCAGCCAGUGGUGUCCCUGGGGCAGUCAGGUUGGGCCCAGAAACCCUUCCCUGACACGUGCCACCAAUGGACGUGUCCUGACGGGAAGGACAACGUGGGGUCUGGUCUGCGAUGGAGGGGCAGGCCUGGUAUUGCUGCAAGGGCCUGUCGGGUUUUCUGAAACUCCGAGAGCCAGCUUUCUAGAAGCCCGGUCCGCCGUGCCUUGGCCAUGUGUGUCUCCAAGCGAGGCUUCUCCACCUCCCCUCACCCCCCAGCCACGUCUUCGGGAUUGAACAGGGAAGCGGUGAGGUUAUGUGGGCCAUGAAGGGCUCCGGAAGCCGCUUUUCUCUGUGUGUGCGCCUGCUCACAUGUUUUUGAGGGAGAGAACACGCCUGGGGUCCUCUCCCUGGCCCAGGUGCUGGCCUCAGAAGGGCCCCACCCCCACCCUGUGGGGCCUGUGGAUUCAAGGCAGGCUCGGCAGAACUGCGUCCAGGUGGCCUCGCUCGAUGGCAGUGCCAACCGCCCGGGGACUGCCCCGAGCUCACAGGACUCUCUCCCCCAGCAGGUUACGGGCAGGACUUGAGUGGCUUUGGACAGGGCUUCUCGGACCCCAGCCAGCAGCCUCCUUCGUACGGGGGUCCCUCCGUGCCAGGGUCGGGGGGCCCCCCCGCCGGCGGCAGCGGCUUUGGACGAGGGCAGAACCACAACGUGCAAGGGUUCCACCCCUACCGACGCUAGCCCGGGGCGCCGCGAUGUCUGCACGGCCCAGACCCAGGAUUCCAAACUUGUGAACUCGUGACAAUCACAAACGUGGUGGCAAAGUAGCGACUCAACCUUGGGGGGGGCGGGGGGAGGGCGCGAGGCUUUUGGAGCGGCUGUGGGUGUCGUCUGGACUGAGGUUUUUAAAUAUUUCUUUCUCUAACCCAUCAGCACAAUAAAAAAAAGUCACUGGUUCAACAACAGGGUUUAGAAAAAUGUCUUCAGCUUUAAUUCAGAACUUCAGGUUUCUUUUUCUUCCUUUUUUUUGGAAAUUAUUUCCCUGAGCCUUUUGUUUUACAGUGUAUUGUAAACUUUUAUGUUAAAGAAAAAAUAUACAUUUACAAAUUGUGAGAUUUUUAAGAGAAAUUUUCUACGAUGUAUACUGGCUUAUUUUUUAAUUUAAAACAGGGUUUCCGUCGGCACUGGUGGAGGGGGGUGCGCUGUUAGUCCCCUCGCUCCUGGCUUUGGGGGUUGGGACUUGGUGGUCCGGAAACUCUGGGAGCUUCAAGAAGAAAUCUACUGAGUGUGUUUCUGUUUUUUGUUUAAUUCCUUGCUUUUGUCGACUGACCUGCUUGGUAGUGUCUGAGGUGAACUGUGGGUGUUGCGCACAGCCAGCCGCGUGGAUCCCACGCAGUGCUGAACCGAACCUAGUAGGAAGCCUUUCUCCCCAGGCACGUGGCUUCAGGGCGUUUCCCAUUGACCGGUUUGACCCUGGUUUGAAUAAAGAGAAGUGCGUUUGGAUUAGAAA